UCGUAACGUUACAGGCAACGUUAGCACAGGCCAGGUGUAGCUCACUGUAGAGUUGCGAUAUGAGGAGACGUUAUGUUUAUUAGCCAGUGAGAAGUUGCUUAAACGGCGGAGUUACACAGAGCAAAGGGCCUAACUUAGCAGACUGUUGACUGCAUUCCGUUAGCUGGUCUAUCUCCCGUCAGCUCAGUUGCCUUGAUUGAUGAUGAUGAUAAUGAUUCUUCACGUAAUCAUGUAAAGUUGGCAAAGUUUGGAGAGCAGCAAUGUAACAGCGUUUUUAACUGAACGAGCUGGUGACAGUCAGCGUUAGCAAGCAAAAUGAACAACUCAGGAGUCAUGCCACAAGAAAAGAUGGAGCUGGAUCUGGACAUCCCAUCUUCAUUAGUUCAGAGCGAUGGACACUUGAGGAGAUCCAACAGUGCACCAAUGAUAAAUGGCUUAAGCGAUAACUCCCAAGUGUUCCAGAGAGAGGUGCUGCGUAGCCGGAGAAAUAGCACUACAGUUGUCAACAGGCCCAAUAUGGUCCCUUCAUCACCCAUCCGAGUUCCCAGCACCAGGCUUCAUCAGAUUAAACAAGAGGAGGGUGUAGAUGUGAUGAACAGGGAAACUGCUCAUGAGCGGGAAGUUCAAGCCGCUAUGCAGAUGAGCCAAUCCUGGGAAGAAAGCCUGAGUCUGAGUGACAAUGACUUGGAGAAGUCUGCAUCGUCAUCCCCGAAGCGUAUCGACUUUGUCCCUGUGUCUCCUGCACCAUCCCCAACCAGAGGCAUAGGAAAAAAGCAGCAGUGUUUCUCUCCUUCACUACAAAUCCUUGUGAGCAGCAACGGCCUAACACCGAGCCCAAUACCCAGCCCAACACGACGAUUCAGCCGACGGAGUCAAAGCCCGAUCAACUGCAUCAGAGCCAGCAUACUCGGGCCAAUGAAACGUAAAGGUGAGAUGGAGACGGAGAGUCAACCUAAGAGGCUCUUCCAGGGCACCACCACCAUGCUGUCCUCUGAUGUGUCCAACCUGUCAGAACUGAGCUCCUGUCACUCUCCAGAUUUGCUGGACGGCAGCCUCAGCAGCGUCGGCUCCUCCACAGAUUCCCCGGGCAAAAUGGAGGGAGUGUCGCCCUCCUCGUCCAGCAACUCGCCCUUCGCCUCCCUCCAGGACUUGUCUCCAAAGUGAGCACGGGACGCACAAAGAGGACGGCUGUAAAAGAACAGACCUCUCUAGAUCUGUGUGUCUCUCUCUCUCUCUCUCCAGGGAACGAGUUUGUUCCUCAGACCCUCCACCUCACCAUCGCUUAGAUUUAGUCAAAGUGAAAAUAUUCCAUGUUUUGCUUCUGAACGGCAGUUUUCAUGGCUUCUAGUGGGAGGGUCCAGAUGUGUUUUUUUGAAUUAAGGAAACUAAAGCCAUGGACAAGUUGAUGCGUGUAGAGGUUUAAAAAAAAAAAAAAAACCUAGUCAAACUGGGAUGGACUGAAGACACCGAGCACCAGCUGCUAGUAGAGGAUCUCGGGAUGGUGCUUGACUUCAUAGUGAUACCGUGUUUUCAUAUAAGUGGCUAUCCUGCAAAUCUGUCCCACCAGUUCCCCUCACUGGAGAGACAUCGAGCACUGGACAAAACGAGAAAAGGAAAAAAAAGA